AUGUUAUCGUGGUGUGCUGAGAAUUUCGGGGAUGUCGAGCCCAUGCCUAUUGAGAUGGGUUCUGAUGAGUUGUGCAAGAUACUGUACAGCGAUGAGUACAAGCUGUUGCUGGGGCUGUGCAGGCGGCUGAUGUCUCUUGGGGAGCUGAGCCAGCGUGCUUUGCUGCUGACGGCGAAAGUGAUCGCUAUUGCGCCUGCUUUCUACACGGUGUGGAACUAUAGGUACAGCAUUAUCAAGGAGCAAUUGAGCUCGCUGGAUAAGGUGGAGCAAGGUGCGUUGGUGAACAAGGAGCUGGACUGGCUGGAUGAAGUGACUCUGAGCAACCCGAAGAACUACCAGAUAUGGUCGUACAGGCAGGCGUUGCUGAAAGUCCACCCAUCUCCGCAGUUGAAGCGCGAGUUACCCAUUAUACAGCUGAUGAUCGACGAGGACACGAAGAACUAUCACGUAUGGUCGUACCGUAAGUGGUGUGUGCUCUUUUUUAAGGACUUCAACCACGAGCUGCCUUUCACUGAUAUGAUGAUCCGCCGGGACAUAUACAACAACAGCGCAUGGACACACAGGAUGUUUGUCUGGCAACACACGGAGAGCUCGAGCACGCAGGUUAUAGCAGAGAUUGACAACUAUCUGCGGGGGAAGAUAGAACUUGCCCCACAGAACAUCUCUUGCUGGACAUACCUGCGGGGUCUAUACGAACUAUUCCUACACGAAAACUACGAUCCGUCUAUAAUACGAUUUGCUGAAGGUUUUAUCGAUGGGGUGCUGGACUCCGACUCUACUGCAGAAAAGAUAGAGACCAUCGAAUCGUCUUACGCUCUUGAGUUUCUGGCUCACGUGUACUCCAGAAAUCCAUCUACUCAAGAGAAAGCUUUACGUGCAUACCAACUUCUAAGCGAUAAAUUCGACCCAAUCAGAGCCAAUCUAUGGCAACACAAGAUCAAGCAAUUGAAAUCGAGCUAA